AUGUUCCAACUCAACCUUACUUCCAGUUUGGACAGGAAUCGGUUAAUGACCAUCAUUAGUUUCAUUUUAUGGGAAAUCUGGAAAGCCCGUUGCAAGUUUGUGAUUGAAGGAAGGCAACUGCAUCCCAUUCAUGUGCUUCAUCAGGCUAUGAGAGCUGCAAAUGAGUUUAUUGAAGCUAAUGUUUCCCAAUCCACCAACUCUGAUUAUGUUACUCUUAGCAGUGCGAGAGCCUGGACUCCCCCAAGUGAUGGUUUUGUGAAGAUCAACACGGAUGCAGCCUGGAUUAAGGAAAGUAAUCGCUCUGGAGUGGGAGUGGUAAUUCGAGAUUCAGCAGGGAAUGUCCGUGGUGGUUUGGCGGAUAAUUUGUAUUGUUGUUCUGCUCUUCAUGCUGAAGCUGAGGCUGCCCUUCGCGGCUUACCUUUAGCUAAGAGGAAGGGUUUCUCAAAAGUAAUGCUUGAGACAGAUUCAACUAUUUUAAAGCAGAGUGUUGAAGGAAUGACUAACAAUGGUGCUUGGUCCAUCCUUCCCACAAUUCUGGAAAUUAGAAGGCUUGCCAACAGUUUCCAGAGAGUUGAAUGGAGUUGGAUUCCUCGAAGUAUCAACAAAGCAGCUCACGCAGCGGCUGGUAUUGGCAUCAGAGCAGUGGAGCAAAUUUGCUGGGCUGAAAGGUCACCACUGUCUCUUCAGGGAGUGUUGGAAGCGGAUGGCCUUCCAGGACCACCAAACUAA